AAUUGGAACUUCCUGUGUGUUUGCCCCUCCUUCUUAAGUGUCAACAAUGGCAGCCGAGGGAGAUUUUCUGAUGCGCUACCGGGCAGUGUCAAAUAAACUGAAAAAACGUUUUCUACGGAAGCCUAAUGUUGCUGAAGCAAGUGAACAGUUUGGUCAGCUGGCCAAAGAGCUGAAACAACAGGACUGUCCUCAGUAUGCUGCCUUCUGUAAUCUCGCCAUGGCCCGCUGUGAGCAGACUCUGUUCAAUGCUCCAGGAGAAGCCCUGGCUCUGACUGAUGCAGCCCGACUCUUUCUGGCCUCGGAACAGGAAACUAAAGCGCUGAUGGCUCCCGGUUUCGAUGAGAAUAUGCAGGCAGCAAUGAACUGCUAUAGUUUUGCCAUUAAGGUCUAUAUUGAGAUGAAUCAGCCUGUUAUGGCGGCCAGUCUCUCACUGGAGCUUGGCAAUGCUCUGAAGGAGAUGAAUAGACCGGGGGAGGCGAUAGUUCAUUUCCAGAGAGCCGCAGAACUGCAGAUUCAGACUCCAAUUGAAGCCCUGCUAUCACUGUGGGAAAUGGCCUCCUGCAAAAUACUGACCCGUGAUUAUGAUGGUGCUCUUGCUGUGCUCUCAGAGAUGCAGCACAUGUGUCAGGAGAGAGGACUACAGCUCCCCGGCACCAACACCCCUGUCGGUGCAUUUAUGGAUAUCAUAGCAAAGUGUGAAAUCUCCAGGGUAUUGCUGUUAAUGCUGCUUGAGCCUCCCCCUCAAAAGCUGCUACCCGAACACGCUCAGACACUAGAGCGAUACGCCUGGGAAUCCUUUGACUCACAUAGUCAGGUGAACUUCCUUCCAGAAAAUGUGUUCCUUCUCCUACAGUCAGUUGUGAUGGCAUGUCAGGAAAAGGAUACAGAAUCUCUCAAAGCUCUUCAGACAGAACUAUGGCCUCUCCUUUCGGCAGAACAGAAUCAUCUCCUCCACUUAGUGGUCCAGGAGCGAAUUACACCCUCCGGUCAGGGCAUAUGAUUCGGCGCCAUACACCCCCACAAAACACUUCUUAUUGGAACAUUCCUAUGCCAGUGCCUGGUGCAUUUUGCAUGAGGACUGUAGAAGGUCACUGGACCUAGUAGAACUGUACAAUCACAUGUGAGAAAUUUAUCAUUU